GGGGCCGAGAACCGGAAGUGCGGGGCGGGCGCGGGGGCAGAGCGAAAGGCUGAGGAUCAGGUCGGGGCCGGGUUCCGGGUCGGGGAGCGGCUCCGGGCGGCAGCCAUGAGGCGGGACGUGCGCAUCCUGUUACUGGGCGAGGCCCAGGUGGGGAAGACGUCGCUGAUCCUGUCCCUGGUGGGCGAGGAGUUCCCCGAGGAGGUCCCUCCCCGCGCGGAGGAGAUCACGAUCCCCGCGGACGUCACCCCGGAGAAGGUGCCCACCCACAUCGUGGACUACUCAGAAGCCGAGCAGACGGACGAGGAGCUGCGCCAGGAGAUCCACAAGGCAAACGUGGUGUGUGUGGUGUAUGACGUCUCUGAGGAGGCCACAAUUGAGAAGAUUCGAACUAAGUGGAUCCCACUGGUGAAUGGGGGGAGCACGCGGGGGCCCAGGGUGCCCAUCAUCCUAGUGGGCAACAAGUCAGACCUGCGGCCGGGGAGCUCCAUGGAGGCCGUGCUCCCCAUCAUGAGCCAGUUCCCCGAGAUCGAGACCUGCGUGGAGUGUUCGGCCAAGAACCUGAGGAACAUCUCAGAGCUGUUCUACUACGCCCAGAAGGCCGUCCUGCACCCCACAGCCCCCCUCUAUGACCCUGAGGCCAAGCGGUUGAGGCCCGCGUGCGCCCAGGCGCUGACGCGCAUCUUCAGGCUCUCAGAUCAGGACCUGGACCAGGCGCUCAGUGACGAAGAGCUCAACGCUUUCCAGAAAUCCUGCUUUGGGCACCCCCUGGCCCCGCAGGCCCUGGAGGACGUGAAGACGGUGGUGUGCAGGAACGUGGCGGGCGGCGUGUGGGAGGACCGGCUGACCCUGGAUGGUUUCCUCUUCCUGAACACGCUCUUCAUCCAGCGCGGCCGGCACGAGACCACGUGGACCAUCCUGCGGCGCUUCGGCUACAGCGACGCACUGGAGCUGACAGCCGACUAUCUCUUCCCUCCGCUCCACGUGCCCCCUGGCUGCAGCACUGAGCUCAACCACCUUGGCUACCAGUUUGUGCAGAGGGUGUUUGAGAAGCACGACCAGGACCGCGACGGCGCCCUCUCGCCCGUGGAGCUGCAAAGCCUCUUCAGUGUGUUCCCGGCAGCCCCCUGGGGCCCCGAGUUCCCACGCACAGUCCGCACAGUGGCUGGCCGGUUGCCCCUGCACGGAUAUCUCUGCCAGUGGACCCUGGUGACCUACCUGGACGUCCGGAGCUGCCUUGGGCACCUGGGCUACCUGGGCUACCCCACUCUCUGUGAGCAGGACUCCCAGGCCCGCGCCAUCACAGUCACCCGUGAGAAGAGACUGGACCAGGAGAAGGGACAGACGCAGCGGAGCGUCCUCCUGUGCAAGGUGGUGGGGGCCCGUGGAGUGGGCAAGUCUGCCUUCCUGCAGGCCUUCCUCGGCCGCGGCCUGGGGCACCAGGACACGAGGGAGCAGCCUCCCGGCUACGCCAUCGACACGGUGCAGGUCAACGGGCAGGAGAAGUACUUGAUCCUCUGUGAGGUGGGCACAGAUGGUCUGCUGGCCACAUCGCUGGACGCCGCCUGUGACGUUGCCUGCUUGAUGUUUGACGGCAGUGACCCAAAGUCCUUUGCACAUUGUGCCAGCGUCUACAAGCACCAUUACAUGGACGGGCAGACCCCCUGCCUCUUCGUCUCCUCCAAGGCUGACCUGCCCGAAGGUGUCGUGGCGGCUGGCCCAUUGCCGGCCGAGUUUUGCCGCAAGCACCGGCUACCCGCUCCUGUGCCGUUCUCCUGUGCUGGCCCAGCCGAGCCCAGCACCACAAUCUUCACCCAGCUCGCCACCAUGGCCACCUUCCCACAUUUGGUCCACGCAGAGUUGCGUCCCUCUUCCUUCUGGCUCCGGGGGCUGCUGGGAGUUGUCGGGGCCGCCGUGGCCGCAGUCCUCAGCUUCUCACUCUACAGGGUCCUGGUGAAGAGCCAGUGAGGCCCCUGGUACCCAAGCCCCCUCCCCUGACCUGGGUGUGGCUCGCUGCUGGGGCUCUGCAGGGGCAGCACAGCUGGGGUGCAGGCCAGGCUGCCACUCCGGGAACGCCUUUGCGCCGGGACUUGUUUCUGAGGCAGUCGGUCUGCAGCGGGGCCUCAUGCUGCCAUGCACUGCCCUGGCACCUGCCAGACCCCCAGGGUGGGCCGUGGCAGGUGGCUGAGCAGGAGCUCCCAAGUGCUGGCCACCGCUGUCAGGGAUUGCCCACCUCUGGGCAUCGUGUGCUGGGCUGGGGAGCACAGGUGUGGGAGCUGCUGACCCCAGACCCGGAAUUCUCAGGGCUCCACCCCCCUUUCCUGUCCUGGGUGGCCAGUGGGUAUGAGGAGGGCUGGAAGGCAGAGCUUUGGGCCAAAAGCAGGCCUUGGGUGGGGUCCCCCUCAUGUUUGGAGCCGUUUCCGUGGUUGCAGACGAGGACCAGAGGCUGGGUUCCUGAUUAAACUUCACUGUGUCUUUUCUAUCUCGGAUCCCAGUCUCUGAAGACAGCUCGCCUUGAUUCAACCUA